AUGGUGAAUGAUGAGGAGGAGCAGGGGGAGCAGAGCUUCUCCUCACUGUGUCCCACAUGGAACCAAACUGGGACACCGGGCUCAGUCCUGGGUCCUCUUUCCCUGUACAUUUCGCCACUUGGACAAAUUAUACGUAGCCUUGGUAUUAAUUUCCAUUGUUAUGCUGAUGAUACUCAGCUAUAUUUGCCCAUAAAGGCUGACGAUCCCACACAGAUCAAUAGAUUAGAGGUCUGUCUGGCUGCGGUAAAAAAUUGGAUGUCACUAAAUUUCCUACUAUUAAACUCAGAUAAAACUGAGAUGUUAGUAGUCGGCCCUCCCAGACAUAGACACUGUUUUGAACAGUUAACAGUUCUACUUGACAACUGUGUGAUUUCACAAAGUGUGGCAGCCAAAAAUCUCGGUGUUACUUUUGAUCCCUGCUUAUCCUUUGACAGGCACAUUAAGGAUAUUACCAAGACUGCCUAUUAUCACUUACGUAAUAUAGCACAAAUUCGGUCUUCCCUGUCCAUGGCUGACGCAGAGACCUUAAUUCAUGCAUUUGUUUCAGCCAGACUUGAUUACUGCAAUGUUCUGUUUUCAGGUCUCCCACAGGCCAGCACCAAAAGACUCCAGAUGGUUCAAAAUGCUGCAGCUAGGGUCUUAACUAGAACUAGAAAAUUUGAUCAUAUUACUCCAAUUCUUGCCUCCCUUCAUUGGCUUCCUGUGCAUAUUAGAUCUGACUUUAAGGUGCUUCUGUUAACCUACAAAAUCUUAAAUGGGUUUGCCCCAUCUUACCUUUCGGAUCUCCUUAAACCCUACAUUCCAUCACGGGCUCUCCGCUCUCAAAAUGCGGGGCUGCUUUGCUUACCUAGUGUUAAGAAGAAGUCAGCAGGUGGCCGGGCCUUUUCCUAUCGAGCCCCGCUGCUAUGGAAUAACCUCCCUGCUGACGUCAGGCAAUCUGAAUCUGUUGAUUCUUUCAAAUCUAGAUUAAAAACUCAU